GGAACGUAUGCUUGCUCUAUGUGGACAUCUUUAUCUCGAGUCCUUAUACAUUUCAUACACUCUCAGCCCGUCUGUAUGACUUCUGGAAUCAACAUCUUCACUUAUCACAUGGCUUUGGACAUCAAACGCGUAACUUUACGCGGUUGUUCACCCGACCAAACGGCGUAUACAGUGCGCUUGCUUGUUAUAGCAAGGCAUCUGAUACAUAGCCUCAUAGUUAGACGUUUGGAGAUACUGAUAACUAAUCAGUGAUCUUUGGUGGUAGAUACAAUUGAACAACAACGCUUGGGUUAGCCUUUACAGC